AUGAUCAAAUCAUCGAACAGCCUCAUCAACAGCCUUUCCAAAGCACGAUCACUACUACACGCUCAUCAUCGUCAACCAUUUCCAUCUCUCAAUCAAAAGCAAAAUUCCAUGAUGGUGAUGAUUAUUGGUAACCGAGUAACCGAUUUUUCAAACAAUCCAUGUAACAACACGAAACGCAACGUCUCUUUUAUUAGCCCCGGAAUGUUAGAAGAGUAUGGAGAGGAAGAUCGUACUCCAUUAGAUGCUCGUGAACUCAUUGCAAGAAUUAAAAAAAAUCAUCAGUUAGAAGAUCAUGCUGGUAUUACAUUAUUCAAAGAUCCGUUGAAUCAUCUCAUCUAUGGAACCACGAGUCAUAGAAAAAAAUUCCAACAUCGAUGGAAUUCAUCGUCCUCACGAAUGAAAAGAAGAACUGCUCAAUCUUCUUGUUAUUAA